GAAACCAGAAACGUAGGCACAAGCUACCUGUACAUCUUAACUAAAGAUGUUGCCUGCAGUGUGCACUACAGCCUUGGUGACUCUCUUGGUUCUCUCCGCUCCAGUCUCCCACUGCAAUGGGGAGAAGCUGAUGAAACUAGCCAUUUCCUGGCCGACCUCGCUGUGCAAUACCGGCACCAAGUGCAAGAACAGCCCGCCGAACCGGUUCAGCGUUCACGGCCUCUGGCCUCUGUUCAAGGGCACCUGCGGAGACAACAACGUCGACUGGAACACAUUCCCAGAGGCCACCAAAACCAGGAUGGGCACAGACUGGGGCAGCUACAGCACCAAGACGAACCAGCAGUUCUGGGACCACGAGUGGAGCUCCCACGGCAAGUGCUCCGGGCUGUCCCCCAGCGACUUCUUUCAACAGGGACUCAAUCUAUUUGACAAGGUGAAUCUGGGUGCGCGGCUGACCGCGCUGGGAAAGUUUCCCCAUGGCCAGACGGUGACCAAAAAAGAUGAUUUUCCGGGAACCAUUUCAAGUCUGGCGAACAAGAAGCUGGUCAUCCUGCUGUGCAACAAAGACAAGGCGGGGAGCGUGGUGCAGCUGUACGAGAUCGAUAUCUGCUUCGACUAUGAUUCUGCAAACAAGGACUAUGCGGAUUGUCCGAAACCAAGCCCCAGCUUGAAGUCUCUGUGCCCCGAAAGCUUCAGGCUGACGAAGGGCGCCAGUAUUGCCGCUGCUAUUGAAUCUGCCGUUCCUCUGCUUUUGCCUAGCCAAGCUGAGUGACGUGAAGGUGCAGCUGGCAAGAGCUAGCGCUAGCUAGCUAUGGGUGACUGCUGCCUUCUCUUUCUUUCUUUUUCUUUUUUCAUAUAGUUUUACAGAGAUGAAGAUGCAUGCUAGAUAUAUGACGCACCAUGCAUAUCAGAGUAUGUGCUGCAUGCAUGUAAAUUAGUAAGACUGCUUUUACUAAUAAAAUUGCAGUUACCCUUUGUUUUGUUA